AGAUGUCACAAUAGACUCUGGGGACGGCCAGCUGGCGGAGAGCUUGGUAGCCCUCCGCCAGGUAGGCAGGGCAUGUUUAUCACAGUGAAAUAUGGAGACAACCGACAGUUUUUGGCCAACAUCAACUGCUCGGUUUUACUCCUAAUGCAUUACUUGCGUGACAAGGUGGGCCUGCAAAGGACAGACCCCAUUGAUUUGUGUGAAGAGAACGGGACCCUCAAGCUGCUCUUCUUGGUCAAGUUCCCUGAAGACCCUGCCAGCAAGUUCCUGACCCCCAGAGGGACCUACUACAUCUGUAAGGUGGAACGGGGCGCCGCAGGGACCAAGCACGAAAACAGUUACCGAGCCUUCCUCCCCAUCUUCAAGCACCCUCCGAUGGAGCUGUUGGAGUCCCUGCGAAACCAAUGUGACUUUCUGGAGAAAAGCCGCCUCAAGAUGUUGAAGAGCCAAGACGGCAAGAAGCCCCCCACCAUGGAGUCGCUGCUGUCCGUGAUGGCAAACCAGGUGGUGUCCUAAAAAGUCCAUUUCUGAGCAGCAAAGAAGGAACAAGAGAAGGAAAAAAAGGAACAUGGGAAGAUAGCCUUGGAAGCAUCCUAAUGAAAAAUCGCAACAAGAUGUGUUUGAACUGUUCUAAUGAGCAACGGGAACAAAUGACUUUAAAAGAGAGAAAACGUUUGAAGUGUUCUCCCCAGCUGUUUGUGUCUUGCAGACCAAUGCCAGACCCUUGCAGUUCCUUCAGCUGCUCUGUUUUUUGGUUUUUGUUUUGUUUUUAAACCUGGAAGGGCAGGAGAGAAACCAAAGGCAAACGAUCUGGAGGCAGCAAACGACCAGGGCUGGAAAGCUUCUCAGAGAUGCCAGGCUGUAUUCAGGGCCUGACGUGUUUCAUCAAACAAGUUUCCUCCCUCAGAGGCAUUUCCAAAUUCCAGAUAGUUGGACACUUUGAGCUACAGCUGCUGAAAAGGGAAGAGAAACCCGUAAAUUCUUUUUGCUGGUGACUUGUAAAAUCUGUCUCCUUGCCUUGCUCUGUGGGGGGAACAGCUUUGGAGAACUCCUUCUUCCCCACUGAACAUUUCCGGUUUGGCUCGGAGUACAAGCUAUACGAUCUGGCAGGACGGCCUAGAACAGUCUCCCCACCUCCCCUUAGAGCUCCAGAUGUUGCUGGAUUACAACCCCCAUCAACCCCAGCCCUCAUGACAGAGUAGGGCGAGGGGUGGCAGGAACUGAGAUAGAAUACUUCUGGAGUGUUCUGGUUAGGGACGGACACUGUAGACGCUCAAUGUUGCCAGCACAAACAUUCAAGGAGACCCAGUUUAAAAUUUGCGAAUGCGUUUUGCUAACGCCAUUCUGCCCAUGGAAAAUAUUCCAGUCUCUUCCUAGAAUCUGCAGGAACCAAAUUCCUCUUUGGAGAAUGAAUACGUUGUCUCUAGUUGUGCUGCAUAACUGCAUAUUAUCAAUAAAUGCACAAGAACACAAAGUUCCACUGUGCUGUGGACAAUUUCACAAAACUGUCAGUUUUCCUGUUUCACAAAACGCUGGGGUGCAUUUUGAACGGUUGCUUACAAACGUUUCCCUAAUGUAUCUUUCAACCCAUCACUGUUUUGGCUUUUCAAUUUUGCAGAAGGUAAACAAACUCAGCCUGCAACCAAAGAGCGCAGCUAAAGGGGUGAUAAAGCCUAUAAAGUAAUGUCCUGUUGAGCACUGGGCUGGGUUGUUAGUUUUCUGCAGAGCUUGGAAAGUUACUUUAUAAAAGCAAUUCAUUCCUACUAUCAGUUACAGUGUCAUAUUGAAGUUACUC